UCUUCACUCCACCCACACAACUGCAAUCAAUUUUCUGUCAAACGAUCUGAAACAAUUUUGCAAUAAUAAUGUUGUAUCCCGUUAAUAACAGAUUUGUGGCUGUGAGAUAACCUUAAUCGGUAUUAAAAAUAAAUAUUAAUUGGAAUCGAGUGGAGGAUGACUGCAAGUGGAAAAAUUAAACGUCAGCUGUGAUGUCGACGAGAUAAUUAAAGGGACCGGGAACUUUGUCACAUUCUCCUGUUGAAGAGGACAAUAUUAAUUAAUCCACGCAAUGGCCUGUUUAUUGUUGAAUUCAGAGUCCAUACAGAUUAAAAUUCCGUCCAUCGAGACAAUCGAUGGAAUAACAUACUACGUUGUGGAGGUUAGAAUUAACGAGGUUGUAUGGACACUGAAACACAGGUACAACGAAUUUGCUGAGCUCCAUGAAAUUCUGGUGUCUGAACAUUGUGUGGAGAAAGAGAUUCUUCCACCGAAGAAACUUAUUGGUAACAAGAGUGAGGCUUUUAUCGAGAAGAGAAGACAGGGACUGGAAAUGUAUCUCAAUUCGGUUUACAAUUACUUGAAGAAGACAAUGCCAAGGGAUCUGGCGACAUUCCUGGAUCUACACGUUUAUGAUAUUUUCUUCCUCCUCCAAAAUAUGGCUCUUCAAUUUUUCUCUGAAGGGGAGACUCUGUUGCAGGGAAAUAAGAGUUAUACAUUCACUCCAGUUCAAUUAUACGCAAUAAGUGAGAGACUGAAGCAGCCCUGUCCCUCCCUGGAAGUGGUAGAUCGUAAAUUCGAUUUUAGUCACGUACUCGAUUUAAAUUCACACUUGAAGAUUCUCACAAUCGAAGGUACCACAGAGCCCUACGGUACGAGCAACAUAAAUCCAUCUCUCCUCCCAAUCGAGCUCUCGACAUUCAAAAAUAUCCAGCACCUCACGAUAAAUCGUUAUCCAGUCGACAAAAUCUACGGCAUGGGAAAUCUCCGAGACACUGUAAAAAUUCUCGAAGUGCAUUACACGAAAUUAAAAAAUAUCGUAGAGCUGGUGAUGUGCGAGGAGGUGCACAAGAGAAUAGAGAAUGCUAAUGAUUCUCACGUAUGGUUAAAAGUGACACACGUAGAUCUCAGCGAUAAUCGAAUAGAAUGCAUCGAUGAGGCCAUAAAGCUGAUGCCACAGAUAGAGUCAUUAAUUCUGAAUAAUAAUCUUCUGUCUGAGAUUUCUAAUGUGACUCUACUGCCCAGGCUCUCGCAGCUGCAUCUGGCAUCUAAUAAUUUCAUCAGUCUCCCUGAAAAAUUACACACAAAACUGGGGAAUAUCGUGCACAUGGACAUCUCCCAGAAUCAGUUGACCUCCUUAGCAAGUUUCUCGAAAUUAUAUUCCCUCGAGUGGCUCGACGUCAGUUGCAAUCGAAUCGAGAAUAUCGAGGAGGUCAAGUACAUUGGGUCUCUCCCCUGCCUGGAGAAUCUCAGAUUAACUGGCAAUACAGUCUCCACAAUCGUCGAUUACAGGGUCAAAGUCCUCGAGCCUUUUGGCAAACGAGCUGCUGAUAUCUGUCUCGAUAAUGAAAAACCAAAUCAAAAGGAGCUGGACACUGUUGCCGUCCUCCAAGCCCUGAGGAUUGCCAAGGAGGGAAAAUCCCCGUCCUUCAGUGCACCUGAUUCAUCUCUCUUUGCUGCCGAAAUACCGAGCACUUAGAUCCGUCUAGCAUCCAAAUAAUGAUCACCACAUUUUUAUUCGAUAAUAACUUUUAUUACUACUAACGGUUCAUUCUCUAUUGAACUGAAAAAUAUUUUUAACGAGUUUGCAUUAUUAAUUCGACUUAUUUUUUUAAUCCACAACAAUUAAUUGAGUAUUUAAUCAUGAUAAUGAGGGUGAAUGAGUGAUUGUGGGUAUUUUGUUGAGAGAUUUAUUAUAUUAUUCAAUUGAAAUUGAAUUUUCAUUGAGUUUUCUCACAUGAUUUCAGCUUUAUUUAUAUUUCCUCUUGUGAGGAUUUUUAUUUUAUGAAACUUUUGGUGCUUUUUAUGCAUUACUUUCAACUACAAUAAUCAGUAUAUUAUUUAAAUACCAAAAAAUUUCGAGAAUCACUUUUUUAACAUUUGAAAAAUGAAAAAAAGGUGUCAAAUCUUCGAAUAAUCACCUGUAAUGUUGAUAUGGUUGAAAGGAAUCGAAGUUUCAUAUGAAUUUAUAUGUAUGUUUUAAUUUUCCAACGUUGUGCUAAUUUUUAAUGAAUUUUACAGAAUGAUUAAACAUGAUAAUGAUAUACUCAUGUAUAUAAGAUGAAAUAUUUUCGUAAUAAACAAUAAAAGCUGUGAUAACACCUGACGUACAUAAUUUCUCGUUCACUCUUCCCAACCCAGAUAAUACUUUCGCGUCACAUUGAAAAUGGUCUGAUGAAUAGUUUGAUAAGAUUAGAGAGAUAACUCACUCAGUAUUUUCAAAUUUUAUACCUUUAUUCAAUUUCUCCUCGACUCCACCAAUAAUUUUAAAACAUUAUGCAUUGAAAAUGUUCCAAUAUCCAUAAAUAAUAUCAAUAAUAUUAUAAUGCUUAAAUACACUAGGCAUCGUGUGGGUUUUUAGUCUUUUGAAAGUACAUUCUAUGCUAAUCGCGAAUAUAAGUUACAAAUAUAAAUUUUGUGUGCCAGUUUUUCCAGUAUUACUUUCAAUAGAAUUUUAGACCGUUGGACUUUGAGUUUUCCAAUAUUCCGUUGAAUAUCAAAAAUUACUGAUUGCAAUUUGUGCUAUUGUCUAGAAAAUUCGUGAUAAUUAUCACUGAAUUAUCCAUAUUACAAACUUUCAAGUAAUAAACCUUGCAAAAGCAGUGGUUUCGUGUAUUGAAAAAUAGAAAAUAUUGAUUCAGAUAAAAAAAUUCAUGCACCUUAUCAAGUCCAACUGUAAAAUAUCCAGAUCGAUUGGAACUGCUGUAAAUCCGGUGUGGAUUAUCAAUUCGAACUUUUAUAAAUUUCCGUUUAUUAAAAACAUAAGAGCGCAA